ACAGUUGCUGGACGAUACGUGCAGCUCUCUGUUGUGAGCGCAUUGACAUAGAACAGUACACACUACACAAACGUCAAACGCAGUAUAAAUUCUCGGUAGUCCUCAUUCUUCAGUGUCGACAGUGUGGACUCCACAAAAAGCCAAACAAAACCUCAUGAGCCAGUAGUAAACUCCAAUUGAAAUUGAUCAAUUUUAGUGAUGCAAACGUUUACAAUACAAGAUUCUUGAAUAUAAAUCAUACAUUUAAAAUGGAUAACGAAAAGAUCGCUAUUGUUUACGUUGCAUUGGAUUUGAAGGUUAUCAACGUUGCCUUCUCUAACGGUUGGACUGCUGAAGAUUUAUGCAUCAAGAUAUGCCAACAGUUUGGAAUAGGACCUGUUGCACGUCAUCUUUUUGCCCUUAGAAAACACUUAAAUAACAAUGAAACAGCAUGGAUGCAUGCAUCAUGUAAACUAGAUGCACAAUCAAAGAACAAAUUUGAUUUUCGAUUAAGAUUCAAACCUGCCAAUCUUCAAUCAUUGAAAGAAAUUGAUCACAGAGCGUAUGAUUAUUAUUUUCAACAAGCUAAAAGUGAUGUGCUAUUGAGUAAAGUUCCAGAUAUUGUGUACGAAAAGCAUAAAAAAGAAAUCAUAGGUUUAGGAGUAACAGACAUGUGCAGAGUUAUGAUGGAAAAAGAUAUGUCUCGUGAAGCAAUCAUAGCGGAUUAUAAAAAGUAUAUACCUAAAGAGUACAUGAAGAAACAUGCAUUUUUCGUGAAAAAGCCUGUUACUGCUGCACUGAAUAGAAUACCACAAUUGAAUGCUUCGUAUGUCAAAGAACAGUAUUUGAACCAGUUUCAAAAUAUGGCUCCAAAUUAUUUACGUGAAGAGUUCAGAGCUAUAAUGGUUAGACAGGGCCAAUCUAUAAUAAGAGUUGCAAUAAGGGUUAAUGCGUCUGAAAUUACUUACUCUUCAAUGGAUGCUCCUACACCUGACUGGACCACAUUGUGUGCUAUAGAAGAACUAUGUUUCAUUUCGAUGCGUUUGAAUCAUACUAUCGAAGUGUCAAGAAAAAAUGGAGUACCUGCUAAUUUAAGGUUCCAAUCAGAUUCUGCCCUCAGAUCUUUUGUAUCUGCUCUUGAUGGGUAUUACCGUUUGACAAUUAAAUGGACUUUUAAUCUUUGUGUUGAUGCUAUUACUCCUAGUUUAGAACGACUUAAUAAAUUACGAUGUCAUGGACCAAUUGGUGGCGAAUUUUCAUAUGCAAAAAUUGAUGAAAAAAGAUCAAAUAGAGCAGGAACAUUUAUUUUAAGAGAAAGCGAAACAAAAUAUGACACUUAUUACGUGGAUUGGUGUGGUCAAGAUGGAAAAACAAGAACUAGAAAAAUUGAAAAAAUUGGUCCUGAUGAUUAUGCUUUAUCAGAUACAUAUCAGCGUUAUAAAUCAAUUGCUGAAUUUAUAAAAUUACAUAAAGAUCCAAACAAAGCUCCUUAUCUUAAGGAAUGUUUACCUCCCUCUGAAUAUGAUAAGUCACCUUUGCUACUGAUAUGUGCUUCUAUGCAAAAUUGUGGAGAUUUGCUUGCUGAUGAAGGAGCUAUUGCAGAACUUUUGGAUAAAAGACCGGCCGUCAUAUCUCCACAAGAACUACAAGUUUACAAAUCUCAACCAUUUGCAAAAAGUAAAGAAAGUUUAGAACGCUACAAACAUUCACCCGGUAUUGGUCCUUUUACAAUUCUUUAUAAAACUAUGUGGAGAAUAACUAAAGGAAAAAGAAUAGAAACUGUAAUGAAGUUGCUAAAGGAUGAAGAAAGCCAGUUCACUCCAGAAUUUUUGAAAUUAGCUCAAAAAUGGGGACAACUGCGAUCGAGUGCCUUAGUAAGAUUGUAUGGUGUGACUCUGUCUCCAUCAGUUGGUAUGUUACUUGAGUUGGUCAAAUUAGGUCCGCUAGACGUUUACUUGCGCACCAAUCCUCCUCAAUCAAUAAGUAUUUCUGACCUUGUCGAGGCUGCUGCGUCUCUUACCACUGCUGUUUGGCACUUGGAAGAAAAUGGAGUAAUCCACGGCAACAUACGUUGCCGCAAACUCAUGGUGCAUGCACAUACUAAUAAUAGUUUUAUUGUCAAAUUAGUAGAUCCAGGAAUUUUUGUUUACAAACCAUCAGAUGUUCAUUGGUUGCCCCCAGAGUGUUAUUCGAAUCCAGAUACAGCUAGACGUAGCACCUUCGCUGAUGUUUGGGCAAUAGGUACCACAAUGUGGGAAAUAUUUUCUAGGGGUUCGGUACUGCCACCUACCAGAGACAUAGAAUCAGUUAAAAAGUUUUACGCAUCUGGUAAAAGACUGCCCCCACCUGGAGAUUGUCCGCCCGAAGUUUACCGACUCAUGAAAGAGUGCUGGUGCGAAAUUUCAGAGGGCACAAGGAAACAGCCCCACGCUAUAAUGCGUGAUAUCAAUCAAAUAAAGCAUCAAGUUUACAACGUCAAUCGUAAUCACGAUUACGCGGUAGCUUACCCGAAACGAUUGAGUAACGCAUCGACGAUACUAGCGCACGAGGCUGAGAUAAAUCAGGAACGUGUGGAUAGCGCGUCGACCGAUGGAGACUCGAGAAACAGUAGCGUCUACACCACUAGGACUUUGUUGCCCUGGGAAGAUACUUCUGACAGUACCGCAAGCACCAUUAUAGCAGCACCAUGGGGUAGUUCGACUUUUGACGCGGACGAUUUGACUGCGGAAGAUCUUGACUGGUGGACGAGACAGCACGAGGUCGAAGAAACCGACACGACCUUACUCGGACAGAUGCAGAGCAUUUUUGAGCUCGACCAAGAUUGCACCGUCAUUCUUCAGGGUAAAAUAGGUCAGGGUUUCUAUGGCGAGGUAUUUCUGGGCAUAAUCGAAAAAGACAUGCAUGCUGAUCCCACUCAGGUAGCUUUAAAAAAGCUGAAAAUGAAUACUCUCGAAAAUGACAUAAAGGACUUCGAGCGAGAAAUUUCGAUCAUGAAGACUCUCAGACAUCAGAAUAUUGUUGGUAUCAUCGGUGUAAUUUCGGAGCCUCAAGUCUGCCUUGUAAUGGAAUAUGUAAAACAUGGAUCUCUUCAGAGCUACUUGGCCAUACAUCGUGAGAGUCUAACCGAAAAGAUUUUACUUAAUUUUGCUCUCGAUAUUGCUACUGGUAUGAAAUAUCUUGGUUCUAAAAAUAUAGUGCACCGAGAUUUAGCUACUAGAAAUGUCCUGGUUGCCGAAGAUAAUCGCUUGAAAAUUAGCGAUUUCGGCUUGGCUCAAGUUACUAGUGGCAAAAGCGAUUACUACAUUUUACAAACUAAUCGAGAUUUACCCAUUAAAUGGUAUGCCCCAGAAAGUUUGAUAGAGGGCCGAUUUUCACCUCGCACGGAUGUAUGGUCGUACGGCGUAACCCUGUUUGAAAUAUUUAGCUUCGGCGAAGAUCCACUAUUACCAGAAUUUGUCAGUAAAGAUAAUAAAAAUUCAAUUGACAAAAGUCAAUGUGUUUUUUCGACACAUAAUAUGGAAUUAUAUAAAGCACUGCAAAAGGGUUCACGAUUACCCUGUCCGAGAACCUGCCCACAAGAAAUUUACGUCAAGAUCAUGGUUCCGUGUUGGAAUUUUUCUAGUCACGAACGCCCUUGUUUUAAAACUUUAACUAAAAUACUUAAAAAAAUUAUAAAUCCUGAUGCAGUGGAUGACGCGGACGAUAGUGUAAACGGCGAUGAAGAAGAUCAGAUCAAUCUCACUAAUAAUAACGAUAAAAAUCAACGGCGUUAAUGAAGUUUGAUGGCUUGACAUUUUUUAUGAGAUUUCAGACUGAUAGGUAUAAUAUUUUUAUCUAUAAUUUUCAUUAGUUAAUAUAAAAUGUAAAUAUGUAUAAAAUGCAUCGUAUUCAAGUUUUUGAUUUUAUACGUCUAUAAAAUCAAACGUACUUUAUGUGAUCGGUUCAUGAAAGAAGUUUUUAGUGAAAUGUAAUCAUCGAUAUUAAUUAUCUCAGUGAAUGGAAUUAGAAUAAAAAAUAAUUUUAAGUUUCAUUUACUUGCAUAUAUAUUUAUGAAUUAUCUUUAUUACAUUUUGUACAAAGUUUGUACUACAAACCAAUAAAUAACUUCGUUAUUAA